AUGGAAAUAGCUUCUUAUAAUGGAUUCAUUGAUAUUGUAAAACUACUUUAUUUCAACCGUAGUGAAGGUGCAACUACAAUUGCUAUGGAUUGGGCAGCUGGAAAUAAUCAUUUCGAAAUUGUCAAAUUUUUACAUUUUAAUAGAAGUGAAGGAUGCACAAGUAAAGCUCUUCAAUCUGCUUGUACCAAAGGACAUUUUGAAAUGGCAUCUUUUCUAAUCAACGUCAGAAAAGAGAAAUGUGAUGAAGAAAUACUUCAAACAUUAUCAAUACAUGGACACGAUGAAGCUGUCAAGUUCAAGUGUAAAAUUUUAAAAAUGUCAUAA